AUGUUGAGAAAUCCGGCCACAGUUUCCACUGUUGUAAUGGAGUCAGAAUGGGUGUUUUGUGGGAUUUUUGGUAUAACUCUCUCAUAUCAUCGGAAUCUAGCACACCGCAGUCUAAAGCUGCCUAAGUGUCUUGAGUACAUGUUUGCUUAUCUUGGGGUUCUCUCUUUCCAGGGGGAUCCUAUAUUUUGGGUGAGCAUUCAUAGAUUUCAUCAUCAAUACGUUGAUUCCGAGAAAGAUUCACACUCUCCCAUUUUUGGGUUUUGGUUUAGUCACAUGGGUUGGCUUUUUGAUAGUGGCUACUUAAUUGAAAAGUAUCAAAAACGUAAUAACGUGGAGGAUUUAAAGAAUCAAGUAUUCUAUAGGUUCAUUAAAAGAACUUAUAUAUUGCAUAUAUCAGCAUAUGCUGCCCUCGUUUACGCUUAUGGUGGAUUUACCUACCUUGUUUGGGCUGUGGGCGUUGCAACGACUUGGGGUUACCAUACGACAUUUCUAGUGAAUUCGGCAUGUCAUAUUUGGGGCACUCAAAGUUGGGACACUGGUGAUCUCUCCAAGAAUAACUGGUGGGUGGCAUUGGUUACUUUCGGAGAAGGAUGGCAUAACAAUCAUCAUGCAUUUGAAUAUUCAGCUCGUCAUGGGUUAAAAUGGUGGCAAAUUGACUUUUGUUGGUAUAUGAUAAGGUUUCUUGAAGCGGUAGGAUUAGCUACCAAUGUUAAGUUACCAAAUGAAGCUCACAAACUAAAGAAAUCAUCCACUUCUCAUAACAAGUUCAAGUGA